AUGGGAAACUCAAUGUCAUGGUUCUCCAACCUACUGUUCGCGAAAAAGGAGAUCAGAAUAUUGAUUCUCGGUCUGGAUAACGCUGGAAAGACAACAUUGCUGUACCGACUCAAGGUUGGCGAGGUUGUCACAACGAUACCUACAAUUGGCUUCAAUGUCGAAUCUGUCACAUAUAAGAACCUAAACUUUAACGUCUGGGAUCUCGGCGGCCAAACAAGCAUCCGACCUUACUGGCGGUGCUACUAUGCCAACACAGCAGCCGUCAUCUUCGUCGUGGACUCGACCGAUAUCGAGCGAUUACACACCGCUUCAGAGGAGCUCUCAGCCAUGCUGAACGAGGAGGAACUCAAGGAUGCGGCCCUGCUGGUCUUUGCCAACAAGCAGGAUCAACCCGGCGCCAAGGGCGCAGGCGAGAUUUCGGAGGCCCUGCGUCUGGGUGAGCUCCGCGACCGCAACUGGAGUAUCAUGGCCUGCUCGGCGGUUGAUGGUAGCGGUGUGAAUGAGGGCAUGGAUUGGCUUGUGCAAACUGUCAACCAGGACUAG